UGCUCUCCGUAGCUGAUAGAGAAGGUCCUAAGAAUCUUCCGCGGAACCGUGUGCUUGUACUAAGCGCAUUGUAAUUAGCUGGGGUCCUUUAGUGGUGGUUGAUCUCACCUAGCGCCAGAGCAGCCGAUUGAUAGUCUGUGAUCGAUUUCCUCGGGCGAGCCGUGGUAUAUUUACGAUCCCUCCUCAACAGUUGUCUCGGCGCCCUUUGCAAACGGAUUCCGCCCAAUUCCGUGAUAGACCGCAUGCUUGUGAUCCAGGCAACGCCCAACAAAAUCCCCCAGUGCUGUCAUCGUUGGGGCUCCACGCUAUUCGCUUUCACUCCGCAUGCCCCACUCUCUUUCGCUCUGCACGUCCCACCACACUUCUCCCCAUACGCAAACGUCAACUCCAUCUUCUCGCUCUCCAUUGCUUCAAGACCGUCUCGACAACCUCGAGUGACCGCAGGUCUCAAGCAAUAUGUCGUCCGCCUUGGACGAUGAGGACUUGUCCUUGUCGAUCUCGGCACCCAAUCCUCGCCGUACACCGACCGGCCCGCCAGCCGACCCUCGUCAUGGCCGGCAGGCGGUCCCCCAAGCGAUCCAAACCACGCGAACCGAUCCGGCGUCCAAGAAAGCCCAGCAGCGCAUGGGGGCGUACAAUAUCGUCAAGACUCUCGGAGAGGGUUCAUUUGGGAAGGUCAAGCUCGCCGUCCAUGCGGUCAGCGGACAGAAGGUCGCGCUCAAGAUCAUCGCCCGUCGAAAGCUGGUGACGCGCGAUAUGGCCGGCCGGAUCGAGAGAGAGAUCCAAUAUUUGCAAUUGCUCCGGCAUCCGCAUAUCAUCAAGCUCUACACUGUCGUGACUACGCCGUCGGACAUUGUCAUGGUGCUGGAAUACGCCGGGGGUGAGCUGUUCGAUUAUAUCGUGCAACAUGGCCGCAUGUCGGAAGAGAAGGCUCGGAGGUUUUUCCAACAGAUCAUAUGUGCGGUCGAAUACUGCCAUCGCCACAAAAUCGUCCAUCGAGACUUGAAGCCGGAGAACUUGCUGCUGGACGAGGACUUGAACGUCAAGAUCGCCGACUUCGGCCUCAGCAAUAUCAUGACGGACGGCAAUUUUUUGCGAACCAGCUGUGGCAGUCCCAAUUACGCUGCACCGGAGGUCAUCUCGGGAAAGCUGUAUGCCGGACCAGAAGUCGAUGUGUGGAGCUGCGGCGUCAUUCUCUAUGUCCUCUUGUGUGGUCGGCUCCCCUUCGACGAUGACUAUAUUCCCUCGCUCUUCAAGAAAAUUGCCCAAGGCACGUACUCGAUUCCCCCGUAUGUCACUCCCGGACCUCGACGCAUCAUCUCGAAAAUGUUGGCGGUGAACCCGGUUCACCGCAUCACCGUCCAGGAAAUUCGAAAGGAUCCGUGGUUCAAUACGGAUCUGUCCCCGUACUUGCAGAUUCCCCCGGAGGAGUUCUACAAUACCGGCGUGGACCCAAACAAGGCCAUCGACCCUCGCGCGCUGGCUUCGUCGAAGCAGGACGAGGCGGUACAGAAACUGCAUGACACGGUGGUUGGUAAGCUUGGGAAGACGAUGGGCUAUGGAAAAGACGACGUGCAAGAGGCGUUGGCAAAGGACGAACCUAGUGCGAUCAAAGAUGCCUAUCUCAUCGUGCGCGAGAACCAAAUCAUGAAGGAAAAUCCACUCGUCACCCGGGAAGCUUCACUUCAAGGCUUCGUGGCUCAGUCUCCUCCUCCCGCAAAUUCCCACCUUCCCCAAACCUCUUCAUUCUCUCAAGACUCAACUCGUAUGCCGCCCGUCAUGUCACGCGCCAAAGGCCUGGUCCCCGAUCGUGGACAACACAGAUCGUCCCCCGGCGCUCAACCAUCCCCCGAACCUCGUCUCCCACAGAGCAAAGUGUCCAUCCUCCCGAGCAGCCUUCCUGAAUUCCACCGAGCCUACAUGGCUGGCCUUCCCAAGCCCUCCGCGCGACUCGGAAGCCAAACAGAGCUGGAUGCGCCCCAGGACCAGCGCCUUCGCUCGUCGGAAGAACAGGCCGCCACCGCUGCGCGUCUCAAGCCGCAUUCCCGUGGUUCGCAGAUCAAUCUCGAAAAAACCACCAAGCCCGAUACGAUGACGCCGCUUCCCCCUUCGGCGAGCAAGAAGCCAAGACCUACCAAAUGGCAAUUCGGCAUCCGAUCCCGCAACGCUCCCGCCGAGGCCAUGUUGGCUAUCUUCAAGGCUCUCAAGGCCCUGGGCGCCGAAUGGGAGGUCCCCAAGUACCGCAAGCCAGGGCUGCAUAACUACCCCAACUAUCAAGGCCCCUCCGCAGCCGCGGACGACGCGGAUGACCUUCCCCAUUUCAGCGACGACGAUCCCGAUCCCGACGUCGAACCUCGCCACCGCCGUCCGUCCGUCUCUCACUCGCGGGGCCCGUCGACCACCGACAGCUCGCGGCUCCCCCGGUACGGUCCGCACAAUGACUUCGGCUAUCAAGUCCCCGAGGACAUGUGGGUCAUACAUGCGCGCUUCCGCAAGGGCGGCAUGUUCCCCCCGGGCGUCCUUCACCCCAGCUCCGCGCACUCUAGCCACGUCAACCUCACCGAUCUCGACUCCCAACGCCGCAAGUCGGUCGCCACCGACGACGGCCCCGCCGACGCGACCGCCACCCCGCCCACCCGCGCCGGCAGCGUCGCCACCUCCGUCCAACCCGACGAGAGCGUAUACGUCUUCAUGACCAUCCAGCUGUACAGCAUCGAGAAGGAGUUCUUCCUCGUCGACUUCAAGUGCGCUGGCUACGAACGCAUCGUUACCGAGGUCAUCUCCGAAGUCACCCGCCAGAAGGCCCACGCCGCCGGCCGUCCGGUGCGCGAAGGCGAUGCGGACUACGAGUUCGCGCGCGUCAACCCGGAGGGCGAGGAGGGCGAUGUCGGGGACCAUGAGCAGCUGUGGUAUCGGGAGCGGAGGGAGUUUGGUGCGGGCCGCGCGGACGGGGAGAAGAAGGCAACGAGCGCAUUUCCGUUCCUGGAUGUCGCCGGGGAGCUGAUCGCUCAGCUUGCGGAGGGUUAGAUACAUCAUUACGCACCAUGAUUGAACGAAGGUUUAUGCACCAGUCAUUUAGGACCUUCGACUGCGACGGUCGGGAAGACCAGCAUUAUGACUGAGAGGCUCCGAGGAAACGAACUCCGACGGUCGAGCUUCUAUUAUGGGAUACACACGGAAACAUGGAUAUAAUGGGAUAAAAUUCCGAUUAGCAUGAGUUAUGUAAAGUAUCAAUUAGCGAUAACGGAAUGAAAAGGUUC